CUUAUGUCAUCGGCAAAUUGAACCUUGUUAGUCUGAUCGAUAGGCAUAUCGUAAGGAAUUUUAUUUUAUAUCUAACGAAUUCAGAUAUUGGCGUAUUCUAAAAUUAUCGAUUUUUAGUGGACUUUGAACGUAUCAUGACUUAUAAAACAAUAAAAAGGUGAAGCAAAAGAUGUUUCAACACAGUUUGAAUUUAUAAUUUUUAAACUGCAAUGAAAUCACUCGAGAAAACGGAAAAGGCUGUGAAUAUAAAAGCACCAUGGGGAAAUCUGACUGCGUUAACCUGGGGUGAUCCGUUAAACCCACCAGUAUUAUUAUGUCCUGGGAGAAUGGAACCAUCUACAGCAUUCAGGCCUUUAGUGCUGAUGUUACCAGAUUGUUUUUUCUACGUGGCUCUGGAUAUACCUGGGAAUGGAUCCUCGGACACUCUCCCUUUGGGAGUGAGGUUUUCUGUACAGGAUUUAGUACCAUCAGUCCUAACGGUUGUUGAAUAUUAUAAAUGGAAGAAUUUUAUAUAUAUUGGACAUUCUUUAGGGGCAGCUAUUGGUAAAUAUUUCAACAUCGCGUACCCCGGACGUGUGACGAAGAUGGUGGAAUUAGAUCCAAUUCCCGCUUACAAUACUGACGCCACCGGGACUAUUGCCGAAUGGUAUCAUUAUUACUACGGGAAUUAUUAUACAGAAGAUAGUUAUAAAAAACAUAACGCUGGCGUUGAAACGGCGCCAAAAUAUACAUUGGAGAAGAUAAAAGAGUUAGUGAAAAACGUUCAAGGUUUAACUGAUGAGGCUUUGAAACACCAAUUGGAGAGAAUGAUUGAACCAGCUGGGGACGGAUUGUACAGAUUCACGUAUGAUCAACGUAUGAAGCACGUUACCCUUCUACCUUUCCCCAGUGAAUUUUUAAAGAAAAUCUACACUGCCCCUACAACGCCUACUUUCGCUAUAUUAGCUGAGGAUAUGAUAAAAUUGGGUACAUACGAUGAUGUACCAUUUCUAAGAGAUCCUUCCGCGUGGCCUCAUAAUAAUUUUAAAUAUAAAAUAGUACCCGGCGGCCAUGAUGUACAUUUAAACGACCCCGGUUGUAUGGCGGAUGACAUUUCUAAAUUCAUCUUGGAUAACAAAUCGAAACUUUGACAUUUGUGGCAGAAUGAUUAUUAUCUUUUGCCUUAUUUUUUUGGACAAAAAAUGACUUCGUACUCUAUGAUUUAUAUGAUUUUAUUAUGAACAAACUAAAUAUAAGAAUAAAAUUUAGUUUAAAUAUUUAUUACUA